GGAUCAAUGUCAGCUACGUUGGCUGAACUAAUGUGACCUUUUUUUGAAAGAAGAUCCGCUACUCGAUUGGCUUCCCGAAAAAUAUGAGUAAUGGUAUAGAAUCUGAAUUGAGUAAGGAGUUUUCGUAUAUCUUCAAUGAGAGUCUGUAUGCUCCAUGGGCAAUCGUAUUGCCCUUGCAGAAUUCUUAUAACAACUUGGUUAUCUCCUUCUGUAUAAAUCUUGAAUAUUCUGAUGAAUGGCCCAGUAGUAACAACAAUAUAAUAAAGGCAACCUUAAUCUCAUAGAGAGUACAAACAAAAAUCUUAGGUUAGAAUUGGUUGGGCUUGGGAGGCCUACACAAGCGAGUUCUGCAAAAGUAAGCAGCGUCUCAACUUGGCUAGCCUAUACCCCCUCCAAAAAUUCUUGCGCACCAAUUAAUAUUGGUCAUACGCUGCGGCCGGUUCUCACCGCCCGCUUUGUUUUCCUUACUCAUUAGUUUAAGGCAGUUUGCUCAGCCUCUCAAAUCUAGUUCUUAUACAGCUCAACACUUCGCUUCCUUUACUCUUCUUCCGAUGUGGGAACUAACCAACAAAACAUAACUCCAAAACUCCUUUUCCUUUCACUACUCCUUACGUUACAUUUCAGCUUUUACCAACCAGAACCAUAAGAAUGAAUAAAGAAGCUCAAAGUUAACAAGAAAUGGAGACACAUCAGUCAUGGAAAUUAAGAUUUUCAUUCAAAAAUGCAACCAUUUUUAUGUGUUUGCUUAAUUUAGUUACUGCCCUUUUCUUACUUCAGGGCUUUUUCUCUCCUUCAUCCUCAUCACGCAGAUAUCCUCCAAAUCAUCCCAAUUCAGUUGAGCUUAUGUAUGUUAAGGAAUCUGAGGAGAUCAGGAGAGCUAUGCAACCAUUUGAGCUGAUUCGAAGAGUGAGAGAAAUUGAGCAAGAAUUGUACGCAGAACCUGAAACAGUUCAACAUAAAGAGAUGAAGCAGACUGCUGCAGUUGAUCUGUCUAAAAGGUUAACCAACAUCCGUAGUUUUUCUGAUGCAGCUAGCGUAAAAGCUUUGGAAGAAUGGAGGAAGCGAAAAAUGGAGCGUGCCAGACAGCGAGAAAUGGGAAGAAACGCAACAGCUGCCUCUUAAGCAUGAAGAUUGCUUUCCUUUAAUCUGCUGCUGUAUUCUUAAUAGCUGAUACAGAACUUGGAUGACAAUUAACAAGCCGUUAAUUGUUCCCUUGUUCUCAGGUUUUCACUUUUCCUUGCUUGAUUGAUUGUUCAGAGAAUAUGCCGAGUCGGCCAAGUGGGAAUGGAAGGAAUUGUGCAAAAAAGAAAA